AUGGGAAUCUUGUCACGCAGCCCAAGUAGUAGUAGGAGAUCAUCAGAUGAUAGCAUGAAGCUUUUUACAACAGCAUUGUUUGUUAUAGCUUUUGGCAUUGUUAUUGGACUAUCUUUUCCAUCUUUAUGGAUCACUGAGAUUUUAUACUUCGUUUGUCGCAUGCCAUUUUUGUAUUGUGUAGACAAGUCUCCCGAGAAACCUUCUUCGCUCCACUCACUUAGAGAUUCAGGAAUUGCAACUCCUCACAAAGCCAUUGAUGAUCUCAAAGGCAUAUAUGGGAACCAUCAAAUCUUUGAGGCGCUGAGAGAAUACCAUCCGGAUUUAGUGAAACAACCGAGAUAUCUAGCAACAAUUACAGUGGGUUAUAAUCAGAGACACAAUAUAGAUGCGUGUGUUAGCAAGUUUUCAGAGAACUUUACUAUUGUUCUGUUUCAUUACGAUGGGGUAACAAGUGCAUGGAAUGAUGAGUUUGAGUGGUCGAGGAAUGCAAUACACAUAAGUGUCAAAAAGCAGACAAAAUGGUGGUAUGCAAAGAGAUUCUUGCACUCGGACAUUGUAGCACUAUACGAUUAUAUAUUCAUAUGGGAUGAAGAUCUUGGAGUUGAUCACUUUAAUGCAGAAGAAUACAUACACAUAGUGAAGAAGCACGGCCUUGAGAUUUCGCAGCCUGGUUUGGACCCAUAG